AGCUUCCCUCCCUUCUCCUCCCCUCCCCUCCUCCCCCCCCUUCCCCCCCCACUGAACUGCCCUGGGGCUCUCUACUCUCCUCCACCCUUCUUCCCCCUCUCAAGUCCCUCUCCCUCUCUUCUCAUCCCCUGCCCCUGGGUCCCCCUUCCCGUGUACCACCAUGACCGUGAUGGCUGGAGAGAACAUGGAUGAGACUUCUGCGCUACCUGGCCACCCCCAGGAUAGCUACCAGCCUGCUGCCCAUGAUGACCAUGAGUGCUGUGAGCGUGUAGUGAUAAACAUUGCUGGACUACGCUUUGAGACACAGCUGAAGACCUUAGCCCAGUUCCCCAACACUCUGCUGGGCAACCCCAAGAAGCGCAUGCGGUACUUUGACCCCUUGCGCAAUGAGUACUUCUUUGACCGAAAUCGGCCCAGUUUUGAUGCCAUCCUCUACUACUAUCAGUCUGGGGGGCGGCUUCGCCGGCCAGUAAAUGUGCCCUUGGACAUGUUCUCUGAGGAGAUCAAAUUUUAUGAGCUGGGUGAGGAAGCCAUGGAGAAGUUCCGGGAAGAUGAAGGAUUCAUCAAAGAUGAGGAGAGACCCUUGCCAGAGGGGGAGUACCAGCGCCAAGUAUGGCUCCUCUUUGAAUACCCAGAGAGCUCUGGGCCUGCAAGGGUCAUUGCAAUAGUCUCUGUCAUGGUGAUCCUCAUCUCCAUCGUGAUCUUCUGCCUAGAGACAUUACCUGAACUGAAAGAGGACAAGGAGUAUACAGUGCAUCGCACUGACAACACCACCCAGGUCUACAAAUCCAACAUCUUCACAGAUCCCUUCUUUGUUGUGGAGACCCUGUGCAUCAUCUGGUUCUCCUUUGAGCUGGUGGUGCGCUUCUUUGCUUGCCCCAGCAAGACUGAAUUCUUCAAGAAUAUAAUGAACUUCAUUGACAUUGUGGCCAUCAUCCCUUAUUUCAUCACCUUGGGCACCGAGAUGGCCGAGCGGGAGGGGACUCAGAAAGGAGAGCAGGCCACCUCCUUGGCCAUCCUGAGAGUCAUCAGACUGGUUGUUUAUAGAGACAUUGCUGCCAUCAUUGUACCUGCCCUUCCUUUCCCUGAGAUGUCUUUUUGGCAGCCUGUCCCAGCAUGGCAGGAUGCAGGAGGAACUAGGGACCAGCAUGAACUGCAGCAUCACCCUGUCAGGCAAUCGGACUGCAGGGCUGUGCUUUUCUUUCCCUUGGAUUCCCCAGCAGGUAGGUUUGAGAGGCUUUCCAGUGCCCUCCCAUCCCUGCCUCCUCCUCCAUCCCCUUUCGACAGUCUGUCAGAUCUUAAAUCCCAUCACAGAUCCUUUGAGCCAUAUUCUUCUUUCUGGUCCCUAACCUUACUCCCACCAUCAUCUGGUGACGGAAGCAACACUAGGAAAAGGUAUCUUCUGCAAUAUGCCAACCUUGACUGCUAGGCCCUGGAAGAUAAUAACCUGUGAUCUGAGCUAAUGUAGGCACUAAUCUUUAUUUUUUAAAUGGACAAAGUUGAGGAUCUUCAUUCUGCACUUAGCAUGUGGCCAACUGCUGUUGAACACUCUCCUUCCACAUUGUACAGAUCCUUUCUUCCCCUAUCUUUCUGGUAUAUGUAUAUAUGUGUAUAAAUAUAUAUACAUGUGUAUAAAAUCAAGGCACUUAGAGUGAAAAAAACCCUAAACCCUAACUCUGCGGUUACGCACAAGCCUGAUCUGCUAGGUUUCCAGAAAGACUUGACUUUUUAUUUCUCACUGUGUGGCUUCUGUGAAUCUUAAUGAUGAGAAAGUGAUGAAGAGCUGAGGGAGUUAUAACUCCUGCAAGAUAUGCAAAGCAUCAGAUAAAACAGGGCAUUACAUCCUCUAGGCAGAUGUUGUAAAGCUCCCUUCCUGUCCUCUGCUCAGGCCCCUGCCCAUCCUACACCCCUCCCCGUAUUAAAUUCUGGUGGUCCUGAUCUUCCCAAACUCUUGACCUCUAGGCUAUAACUUUUCAUAUCAAAACGGACUUGAAUGCUGCAUUCAGCUUAUAAAACAGCCAACCAACUAAACUAAACAGCAAUAAUCAAUUCAGUGCUGUGGGACUGAUGAUCAGAAAGCAGCAUUGGGGAGAUGAGGCCUCACUUUGGUAACUUAACUUCUGCCAUAGCUGGGUAUGCACACCUUAGUUUAAUGAGCAGAAUGAUACUCAUUCUGCAUAGAAGUGCUGCAUGCAGCAAUUCUCCUUUGUCAGGAGACCGGGAUGGAUCAUUAAGACUUGGGGUGGUCUGGGGAGCCUGAAUGUUGCUUUGUCCAUUUAUAGCUCGCUGCAAAGGAUCUCAAUACAUAUGGAGUACAGGAAUUAACCUCAUGUAGCAUAGGCGUCCAUUUUUGGCAAGUUUGACACACAAAAAAAACCCCAAAACCAAACAAAAAAAGCUCUUACACAGGAGUGCUGAAAUGUCUUUGUGGGCCUGAAGGUGCACUUAACAAACUGCUGUUCUUACCAGGAAGCAUCCUUUUCUUUCUUUCCUUUUCCUUUUUUUUUCCUUUUUCAUUUUUCUACAACUUUUGGCAUAUGUUUCUUUUUGCCACACAUGAGCUCUAUGGGGUUGUUUGUGUCAGUGGAAGAGGACUGGAAAUGAGCUGAUGGCCAGUUUAGUGCAUCUCUGAAAGAGAGAAGAGACCUUCAUUUGGUAGGGACCUCCUGGAAGUGAUGCCCGUGUUAUGCUGGACAGAGAAACCGGUAGAUACGGCAGUCUUAGUUGGGCUCUACUUUGAUGCGGCAAGGCAGCAGUUCCAGCAUAAGGAGUCACUACCCAAGCCUCCUUUACCAGGCUCUGCUCUGUGCUGCCUCCUUAGUUGCCCCCCAUACAGCUUUUUCUUCAUUCACUCAGUGAAGGGGAUGAGGGAACUCUUAUGGCAUGAGGAAGGCAGCAGUGCAGUGAGGUGCAGAGGUAGGACUGGAGAGGCAGUGGGCGGGAAAUCCCAUAGACUGGUAUCAUUGCUAAAAUUCCCUAUCUGGUCCUAACCUUCCUUAGCUAUAAAGCACUAGGAAACAGGCAGAGGAGCAAGGGGAAGGGUGAAAAUAAAAAACUCUGUACGCCUUCCUUCACAGAACUGAGAGGUUGCUGCCAAACUGCAAAGACCUCAAAUCCUCUGUGUGGCAGCUCCAGCAGAGACAAUGAACUGGACUUGUCUUCACGAGGAAGUUAGUGUGCAGUAAGCCAGGGUGAGAGUUCACAGCAUUCUAGCAAACCCAUGCAGAUUCCCUGCAUGGAAUCUCUAAGCCUUAUCUCCACUGGGGACUUCAGGAAAGGUAAUCCAAAUUAAUGAAAGGUGUGCAUUUAAAGUAGAUUUGUUAAACUGCUUUAAAGCCCAGCAUGGACAUUCUGUUGCAGUAUAAAAGCAACCUUAAUCUGAUUUGGAGUCAUUCUUUUUGGAAGGAAAGUAAGCUGAAUUGAAUUAAGGCUGCUUUAAUUCUGAACACAAUGGGGCUUAAUGCAGUUUACCUCAUCUGCCUCACAAGUUCAUUCAGAUAGACAAGCCUUUAGUAGUCAUUAAGUAUAAUGCAACUGACCCUACUUUGCAGGGGGUGACUGGGCAGAGUGCAGCCACAUGCUAUAAAACUCUUUAGUAUGUGAGUGCUGGAAAUUCACAGCCUGGCUUACUGAGGGCUAACAUGUUGUUCCUGGCAACAGUUCCAGUGAUUUCCUUCCUUUGUUCCUGGUUUACACAUCUGUAGGUGCGAGGAAAAUCAAUCCUGCUGCCUUCAGGGGAGUUACACUGACAAAUGAUCAUGGCCCAAGGAAAUUAAUUUCCACUUACAAAGUCUCUAACUGUGCACAUGCUUAGCCUGAUGUACUGUUGAUCACGUGGACAAGCACUUGAAAGACAGUAUGAGGCACUAGAGACAGGACAAAUAUCAGCAUAAGUCCUCUUGUUUUUAGCAGUGAUUUUGCCCAAGUAGAGAUCUUAGGGAUCAGACCCUUCUUGGCAAAUCAGCUGUGUAUCAUUUCUUAGAGGCUGCAUUGGCCCAAAUGAAAAAUUGGAGCAGUAGCAACUUCUAUUGACAACUUUUUUACUAAGGGACAAUUGUUUUCAUUAGACAGAAGUACAGGAAGUUUGUUUCUAUUAUGAGAGAGCUGAAGCCCAAGUGUAAUAUGUAAACCUGCAUAUUUUUAAGGAUAAGGUACUGAGAGCAAGUGUCUCUUUUCCAUACUUGGACAGUGCUGUUUCUUAUAUGCACAUUUAUUAACCAAAACAAAAUAAACACCUGGACAGGAACAUCUGACAUUUAUUAGAAAAAGGUGGAAAGUUGUAUUUUAGAAUAAGAUCUUCUGCAUACAUAUGUGAUAUAUGGAGAGAAUAUAUUCCUUUCCAAAUAUUAGCUUGAUAACUGUUUUGAGAGCGGUGCCAUUCUGGAUUUAUUAAUUUCCCCUAGCAUAAAGAAGAGACAAGUACUGCAGCUUUUCCAGGAAUGGUCUGAUCCCGUAGGCUUCCAGCAGCCUGAUGCCACUGAUCAUCACAGUAAUUUCAGACUUGCAGGAAUGUGUGAUUUACCCUCCAUGGCCACAGAGCUGCAUGAAAUUGGAAAGCUGUCCUUGCAAUUGCACUAUAUGGCAAGUUUGUUCCAGACCUGCAUAUCGCAAGUCUGAAACAAGCUCCUUUUCUGAGAUGCUUUAACCAGAGACCUGCAUUUCAAUUUUGGCUGGACUUAUUUCAGGCUGAGUUUCUUUUUCUGUUAUUCUGGCUUUACCUGAUCAGGUGUAGAGAAUUUAUUUUUCAUUAAAUGCUUAUCAAGUAUUCUUAAAGGUGUCAGUAUUUGUAUCUGCAAAAAUGAAACUUCAGGGUGGUCUACUGGUUCACUCAGUACAGGUGAACUUGCCACCGGUGAGGUCAACAAUUUAUGCUGUCAAGGCAUAUCAUGCUUUGAUAUUUUCAAAGGAAAUAAAAUGAAACUGAGGUCUUAACUAAAAUUUGUCUCUAAGUAUCUGUUAGUAUCUAUGUAAUUCUGUAUAUUUCACCUGUUCACAGGCUCUAGAAAAUGUCACUACAAGUUAUAAAAAAGAAUCAUCUUCCAUUUCUAGUUUCUAUAAUAAAAUGAAGACGUUGCAUUCAGUUGUGUUAGGUGCAUCAGUCUUUGAUCCAUGUUAUUGUUUCAGUGACAUUUCUAUAAUGUAAUUGGGAUCAAAUGUAUAUUUUACUUUUGUACAAAAGUAAAAAUGAUAUUUUUAUGACUAAAUUCAGCAAACCCUUACCUAUAGCCUGCUAAGAUGAAAUCUUUUUUUCCUUUCCUUUACAUGUAAACUAUUGUUUUUGCAGUAUGUCGGUUUGGAAUGAAUAAAUAACAGCUGUCAGUAGAACUGUAUAUGGCAUCUCAGACAUACCUCUGAUUUUAAAGAUCAACUAUUACCAAUGUGAAAUAUAUAAACUGAAUAGUCUCCAUAUGAAAGUGCACCAUCAGGGCAACAAACCAUUUAAGCUGACACAGCUGUACUUACGUCCACCAUUUACAAAUCGCUUACACUUUGGGUCAAGUAUGUACUUCAUUGUCACAUUACAGCUCAUUUUACUUCCAGUAGUGAAAUCAUUUGACUUAUCAUUUUUAGAACAUCAAAUGUUAUGAGUUCUUGAGCUAUUUGAAAUGCAUAGUUUUCAUCUAUGCAAUUUUACCUGCUUCUGUACUUGUUCAUCUGUUCAUACUUGGCAUCAAUUAAAGAUAAUUUUUAAGGAUCUUA